AUGGUCACGAAGUACGGCAGUGAAGUUAGUAUAAAUCAAGAGGUGAGCGUCAUGUUGACGUGCACUCACAAUUCACAAUUGAUCCCUGACCAACUCCACACGGCACAAUCCCUGAUGUACCCUAGGAAUGAAGGAUCAGUUGGACAACUCUCUGACCAAUCGACUCCUCAACCUAUCGUUGAUCAAAAUUUGUUUUUUAAUUUUAAAUAUGUGGAGUCAGAGUUGAUGCUGAGUAGUUGUAGCGUGAAUAAAAUGCAUCGACAAAUGUUGCCAUCAAACAGCAUAGUUGAUGAGGAGGGCAUAACGAAAGACAUGCAUCAUGCACUCUAUAUCAGUCACUGCUCAUCAGCAUUUGUUCAUCAUGCACUGUUCAUCAUGCACAGUUCACCAUGCACUGUUCACCAUGCACUGUUCACCAUGAAUUGUUUGCCGAGCGCUGUUCCUCAUUAG